AUGGAGGAACAAUCACAAGAACAGAGGAAGAUGGUGAAGCCUUGCAACCCUCCCCUGCCGUAUCCUCAAAGAUUUCAGAAGGAGAUUAAGGACCAAAAAUUUCCCAAGUUCCUGGAAAUUUUUAAGAACCUGGAAAUAAAUAUUCCACUUGCUGAAGCAUUGGAGCAGAUGCCUCUGUAUGCAAAGUUCUUAAAAGAGCUUAUCAACAAAAAGAGAAGCUGGAAUGAAAAAGAGGCAGUGAUCUUGACACAAGAAUGCAGUGCAUUGAUCCAAGAAGGCCUCCCACCGAAAUUCAAAGACCCCGGGAGUUUCUUUUUGCCUUGUACCAUUGGUAACAUAUCCAUUGAUAAGGCACUAUGUGAUUUAGGAUCCAGUAUCAACCUGAUGCCUUUAUCUAUGAUGAGAUGGCUAUUUAUAGAAGAAGUGAAGCCUACACAUAUGUCAUUGGAGCUAGUGGAUAGAUCAAUGGUAAUUCCAAAGGGUGUGAUUGAAAAUCUCUUGGUCAAAGUAGGGAAAUUUAUAUUUCCAACAGAUUUUGUAAUCUUGGACUUAGGAGAAGAGGGGAGUGAUUCUAUUAUAUUGGGAAGACCUUUCUUGGCCACAACAAGGGCCAUCAUUGAUGUGGAAUAA